UCUGCUCCAGUCUCGCUCCUGGUGUGCAGGGAGCUCACACUGGGAUCCACAGGGGCUGCGCUCUCAGAGGUGUGUGUGUGUGUGUGUGUGGGGAUCUUGAGCGAAUGGAAUGAACUUACUUUUUUCCUGGCAAAAGGCCACUUCCAGAAGAACCGUGUGACAGGGGGAGGAAGAGGCGAGAGCGCAAAGUCCCCAGAACAGCUCCUAGUGGCCCGAAGCCACAGAGGCACCCACGGGAGGUGAGCCGGAAGGGACCCUGAGGAAGAGGUCUUCCAGGCUGCACAUCGCAGAGGUGGCUUUUGGAGGUGAGGUCCGGUUUUACAGCCUUAUCUUACCGGCUGUUUGCAACCGCGCCCUGGGACUGGCUGGCUUAGCACCUGCAUUGGAGCGUGUUAGACUGUGGCUGUGAAAGGGAAUGGAGGAUGGGGAUUACAACGAUUCUGGCAUCUAUGAGGACGAGUACCCGGAUGACUUUGACUCCAUCGUGGUGCUGGAGGAGUUAUCUCCCCUGGAAACGAGGGUGGCCCGGAUCUUCCUGGUGGUGGUCUACAGCGUCGUCUGCUUUCUCGGGAUCCUGGGCAAUGGCUUGGUGGUGGUCAUCACCACCUUUAAGAUGAAAAAGACGGUGAACACGGUCUGGUUCCUCAACCUGGCCGUGGCCGAUUUCCUGUUCAACGUCUUCCUGCCCAUCCACAUUGUCUACGCGGCCAUGGACUACCACUGGGUGUUCGGCAAGGCCCUGUGCAAGAUCAGCAGCUUCCUGCUGAUCCACAACAUGUACACCAGCGUCUUCCUGCUGACCGCCAUCAGCUUCGACCGCUGCGUCUCUGUGCUCCUUCCCGUCUGGUCCCAAAACCACCGCCACGUGCGGCUGGCCUACAUGGCCUGCGUGGUCAUCUGGGUCCUGGCUUUCUUCUUGAGUUCCCCGUCUCUCGUCUUCCGGGACACAGCCGAUCUGCAUGGGAAAAUAUCCUGUUUCAAUAAUUUCAGCUUGUCUGCACACGGGUCUCCUGCUCAGGCCCGGAUGGACUCGGUGGGGUUCGGCAGACACGCGGCAGUGACCGUCACGCGUUUCCUUUGCGGCUUCCUGGUCCCUGUCCUGAUCAUCACCGCCUGCUACCUCACCAUCGUCUGCAGGCUGCGGAGCCACCGCCUGGCCAAGUCCAAGAAGCCCUUCAAGAUCAUUGUCACCAUCAUUGUCACCUUCUUCCUCUGCUGGUGCCCCUACCAUACACUCUACUUGCUGGAGCUCCAUCACACCAUUGUGCCAGGCUCCGUCUUCAGCCUGGGCUUGCCCCUGGCUACUGCUGUUGCCAUCUCCAACAGCUGCAUGAACCCCAUACUGUACGUCUUCAUGGGCCAGGACUUCAAGAAGUUCAAGGUGGCUCUCUUCUCCUGCCUCGUUAAUGCUCUGAGUGAGGACACGGGCCACUCCUCCUACCCUAGCCACAAGAGCCUCACCAAGAUGUCAUCAAUGACUGAGAGGACUUCUGUGAACGAGAGAGAGACCGGCAUGCUCUGAGCCUCACCUGGGGGUAUGCCCUCAGGGGCGCCCGGGCCCCAGGACACCAAGGGCUUGUCUCCUGAAGGACCUCUAUAGCACACCCUUGUGCCCGCUGCCUUUUACGCGGGGUGGAUUGUGUUUAGGGUAGGAGUCUGGGGCAAUGGAAUCCCUUUCUCAGAGCAGGAUGGCAGUCAGAACGUGCCUUACUAUUUAUAGCCUUGGGGUUAACAAUCUGAGAUCCAAGGGAGACCAGCCGGGACCAACUCAAAACGACAAAGAAAGUUUUCUCCCAAGUACUGCCCUGAGCUGGGGUCAGCAUAUGGGUGUGGGAUUAAAGUUAUCCAUGUGUGCUUGGGAAGUACCCUGCACGCUUGCUCAGCACAGUCCCUGGGGCUGCCUUAGGCUGUAGCUAUUUGGGGGUUGCAGAUGGUAGCAGUCCCUUGCUUCAGCCCCCCCCCCAUGGUCACUUGGCAUUGUAAGCUGGACAUGGGGUGUGUGUGUGAGGCUUUGCAGCAGUCCCCCCAAACUCAGGGCAGGUCUCUCUCCUCUUUCCUUUAUGUGGUACGGGGGCUUAGGACCCCUGCAGUGGAGGGACACAGUCCUUCUUAUUCAUCCCCUCCAAGCCUUGCAUGAGGCUGGUGCAGAGCCUCCAUCUUCAAGAUGGGUCCUCGGAGCUGCUCCUCAAGAGAAAUCUGUCUCAGCCGUCAACCUGACACAGAGCCUAGGUAACCUGACUCACUUUGAACCAGGAUGUGUGGGCAGCCCCAUGGUCAGGCUUUCCCCAUCUAAACAGUCACCUUGGUGUGGCAGAAUCAAGCCAUCCAAUCUCCAAAGGCUUACAGAGGGAAUUAAGUCACCCAGUGUGAGGGGCUGAGAUGAGACCUGAGAUGCUGGCUCUGCCAGGCUCCACAUAUGUUAUUUCUUUAUUGAUGACAUUCCAGUCUAUAAUGAUAGCCUGCAUUUAUUGAGCACUUCCUAUGUUAAGCACGUUACGUAUGUCUCAUGUAUCACAUAUAUGUCUCAUGUAUUCUUGAGUUAGGUACAAUGAUUACUUCCCAUGUAUACAUGAAGAAUCGGAGGCUUAGUGAGGUGAAGUAACUUGCCCAUGGGCACCCAGCUAACUUCUGGCAGGAACUGGAUUUGAACCUGUUUGUCUGGCUGCGGAGUCAGGACGGAACUUUGGGAUUUCAACCAUAAAUACUGGGUUUUCAGUGGAUCAGCCUGAACCUCUUGAUGGCCUGUAAGAAGUUUCGCAAAUGGUUCUCAAAACAAUCUAAUAAUGGCAAAGAAAAUGCA